CUUCCGGUAGCGCAAAGGGUAUCGGGAGAGACUUCCAGCAAACCUUCUUCUGUGGCCUCUGGAGGGACCACCGUUACCGCGUCUUCGGCUUCCACGGUCUGCGUUCGGGCUGAACGGCCACAGCGGCCGCCCCUGCCGCUCGCCUGUGCCGGCUCUGUGCGUCUUCGUUCCCCGGCGGCCGCCCGGGUUCCAGCAGCGGCCGCGGCCGACAUGUUGUGAGGCGGCGGCGCCGGUGUCUGAAGGAUGGUUUGGCCGAGGCAGCGGCAGCGGCUGCUGGCGGCGGCAGCGGGGGCUCCGGCUCUGUAGAGCCCAGCCCGCUGGGUGUCCGCCCGGUACCGCGGCCAGGCCAGUGCCCCUGGACCUUGCCUCUGCUCCGGCGCCGUUGGGGACCGGUUAGGCGACAGCGCACGCCCCUCUGAGGAGGCACGAAGGUGGUUCUCCAGGCUUAGAUUUCCGCACCACCUUGCUUUCCCUCGCUGACCUGGGCGGUGCUGUCCCCAGGAUCCUCAGCCCCCAACUUUGUUCCCAGCCUCGCCCUGAAUCUCACGCACGCGGGGGUUUCUUGCCCUCUUGACCCCCCCCCCCCUUAAUCUGCACCCUAUUCUCAGAGCGCCCCCGGGCUCACUCUCCGAGGCGCCCUUUUGAAAGAAGCUUCGUGGAGUGUGGACCAGAGCUGGGGAGUUUUUUACAAGUCGGGGCACGAGAGGUAGGAAGGUACGAUGGCCUCCUCAUCUGGCAACGACGAUGAUCUCACUAUACCCAGAGCUGCUAUUAAUAAGAUGAUCAAAGAGACUCUGCCCAAUGUCCGGGUGGCCAACGAUGCCCGGGAGCUGGUGGUGAACUGCUGCACUGAAUUCAUUCACCUUAUAUCUUCUGAAGCCAAUGAGAUUUGCAACAAAUCGGAAAAGAAGACCAUCUCGCCAGAGCACGUCAUACAAGCACUAGAAAGUUUGGGCUUUGGCUCUUAUAUCAGCGAAGUAAAAGAAGUCUUACAAGAGUGCAAGACAGUGGCGUUAAAAAGAAGAAAGGCCAGUUCCCGUUUGGAAAACCUUGGUAUUCCUGAAGAAGAGUUAUUGAGACAGCAACAGGAACUAUUUGCAAAAGCUAGACAGCAACAAGCAGAAUUGGCCCAACAGGAAUGGCUUCAAAUGCAGCAAGCUGCCCAGCAAGCACAGAUUGCUGCUGCCUCAGCAAGUGCAUCCAACCAGGCAGGAUCUUCUCAGGAUGAAGAAGAUGAUGACGAUAUCUGAAAUUCACCAGCUGAGUUUCUAUUUCCUCUAUAAAUGUUUUUCCUUGCACAAGAAAACAGUGAACGAAAUGCUUAUCUGUAAUUUUGUAUGCUUCUUGGUGGACUUGCCAUUGGUAUUCUAGGGAUGUCUGCCGUUAAGUUUCAUCUGUUGUGUGCUGUUGAUGUAAAAACUGUCUCUUUGAACUAUUGAAAAUUUAAGAUUCAGUAUAAUAUCAAUUUUGAAUUUUUAAUAGUGUUUAUGAAAUUUUAGAUAGCGGUGAGUCCUUUAUUUGGUCAAUAAAACAGUGUUACAGAAAACUUCAAGUUUAUAAAAAUACAGUGAAAUUUAUACAGAAAUUCUAAAUCUGCGUUUGCAUUUCCUCUGCCCUUUUAGCUACACUGAAAAUCUGUAGUUGUUCAUGACUGAGGGUGGAGGUGCUUUGUGGUGCAGUAGACAUCGGGUCAGGUUGGUGACAAAAGAGUUCGGUUCUGUAGUAUCGGGAUUUUUGGUCUUUAAAAGGAGUAUAUAUGCAGGCAAUAAACACUUCUGCUCGGAUAAAUAUACUUGUUUAAAAGAAAUCUCAAAACAAGGCAUUCAAAAGCUGGGAAGGAGUAUGUUUAAUAGUAGUUGUAAAAUUUGGUAGGUUAUGUUUUUGACUUUGAUUUUGUUUUAUGGAGAAGUAAAAACUACAGUUUUACUAUGGAAUAAUUCAUCCUGAGCUACACUAUUACAUUUCAUAGACUGCCCUAUUUUGAGGACUGUCAUGAUUCUUAGUAUUUCACUUCAAUAAUUAUUAAUAGUAUUACUUGCUUAGCCCAUCCAUGUUUAUUGGAACUCGUGAAACAGUUGCUUAGGUUCCGUUGGUUUAACUGAAGUUCAUAAAUAUUCAAACAUUUGCUGGGGGAAAGAAACGAAAGUUAAUGAGCAUGCUUGCUAUAAAAGAGGGAUUUUUUUUUUGUAAUUAAACUUGUAGUUAUAGUUUACUCGUUUGUUUUUAACAUUACUUUUACGAUUUCUUGACUAGAUGACCUAGUGUGUCCAAUGCUUCCUUUUGAAAUGGCAUCAUUGUCUCCAUCAUAAUUGAGUGAUCCUUUAAAAAUGAUUGGUUUUGUUUUGUGUAAGGAAGUGUGUCCUAAUUGAUCAGCCCUAAUUUUGAACUGCUUGUUAAAAGGGAAAAGCUUUAAUUUGUUUCCAAUAAAUAAAGUAUGGUAGUGAUUUUUAUAGAAAUCCGGGGUGUUGAAGAAAUGGCCUAUUAUUUGCAUUUUGGAAACAGAAUGGAAAAACCACUUAAGAUAGUAUGAAGUAAUCAAAAUUUCUAUGUAACAUUUGCCAAACAUUUAAAUUUCUAUAUUCACCAAGCCUAAAGAUAGAUUGAAGCUUCCAGGAUUUCAAUUUUAAUUGAAGAGCUAAUAAAAUAAAUUGAAGAGUUUACAUGUAUUAGAUUUCUUAAUCAUAUUUUACAGUUUUAGAAAAAGUGAAAUAUUGUCAUAUAUGUAUUAAAUACACUUCUUCCAUGCCACAGAUAGGUGAAUCUUGCUGAAUGUUUUGAGUUGAAGUUGAUAUUGUAUCCAUGAAGUGCUUUUGGACAAGAUAGAAGGGAUUUUUUUUUUUUUUUAAAGUUUAAGUACCAAAGGUAGUCUAGUCUAAGAAAUAAGUUAAUAAGUGUUGACUUUUCUAAUUUGUACUGUAACAUCCUUAUACUUUCUGUUUUAAGUAUAUCUGUUUCUUAAAUAACUUAGGCAGUUUUCCAUACUUUUUUUUUCCUGAUGCAGAGUUCAGGUUAAUUAAUAUUUUACUGCAUCUGAUAAUGUAUUAUAUGUUUGAAUUCUAGUGACUUUUCAUUUUGACAUCCUUGUGAUUUCAUAUGCUGUAUUCUUCAAGCAAUAAAAUCUGAUGUGUUUUAUAAAUUGUUUUUAUAUUUAAUGAUCUAUACAGAUUAAUGGCAUGAAAUUUCUUUUAUUACCAUUUUUACUAGUUUCAAGAAUUUUAGGUCCAAGAGACAUUUUGAUCAUUUGGUAUGUAGUAUUUGACCUUCUCCUUUGUUUACCGUUACUUCAGAAAAUGUGGUUUUACUUGUAUUUUUGUAAUUUACAGUUCUAGGAUGCAGGCAUAACAAAGCUAAUUAAGCAGUGUUUUACUUUUAGCUUAAUUUUUAGCAGUUAAAAGUCGCUAUUAUAUUCUUUAUGUUGUUGAAUUUUUAAACUCUUUUGGAGAGAGAAACAAAAUCUUUAGCGUUCUUGAGAAAUAAAGUUAUUGUUUAGUAAGUAUUUUCCCCA